AUGAAAUAAACAAAAAAGAGAGUUAGCUAUAUAAAAAAUUAAAAACCUACCAACAUAGAAUGGAUCCUCAAUCUCCUGGAUCAAAUACCCAAAUAUUAGCUACAGCAAUCGAAUAUGAAGAAAAUUUCAGCAGCUUAAUUAAGCAAACUCCAAGAUUGCGAUCAAUUACUAAAAUCGAGUCUGUACACUUUCGAUAACAAAAUCAACAAAUUCACGUAAAUGUAAUUUACACUCUACCCCAACAUGCUCAUUGGAGACAAUCAGGAGUACUUGGUCUUGUCCUCCUGCAUAAUGAACAAGAAGAUAAUCUAAUAUAAGGAAUUUACAGCCCAAGGAGUCCAAUUGCUCAACAGCCAAGGCAACCUAUUCUUAUUUUACGAGUCCUACGUGUAGUAACUGAAUGUAUCACAACUCACUUAUUAUUUCUAGUGGGAGAAACAAUUGAAGAGAUUUUCCAAACUAUAAAAUUUUUCCAAUAAAUACACAAUUCAAGAGAAACUUUCUAUAUAAAAUCAUUACGCAUGCGUGAAGAACAAGAAUAGUAACAAAUUGAUACAAUCUAUCUAGAUCGCGUUUAUACGGUUCAACUAAUAAGAUUGUCAAGUUUGAGCGAAUAACUUUAUGAGGCUUUGAUGAACGAAAUAAAUAUCCUAAUGUGUUUUAAACAGAAUGGAUUGCACUAGUUCCACGCCCUCUUUGAAGAUGGAGACAUCCUCUACAUACUGUAUGAUUACUGGGUAGGUGAUACCUUGUAUAAGUUGCUGUAACAGGGCUUUAAAUUGACAGCGUCACAGAUAGCCCAAAUCAUCUUCUAGAUUAUCAAAGUGGUUCGAUUUCUGCAUUAGAAUAAUCUGUAUCAUGGAGCCAUUCUACCCACCAAUAUCGUGUUACAUAGAGCCACGGGACCGCAGAAUCAAUAGGGACAACAAUUGAAAAUCACUUUAUUCAAUUUCGCUUAUCGUGAUGCAAAUCAAUAUAAUUUGACUUGGCUAAAUAAGAGAGUGCCAAAACAAUGGAUUCCUCCAGAGUUCAACAAUUUAUAAAUUAAACCGGAAUUUUAAAAUAUUGAUGGGUAUCAGAUUGGAGUGUUGUUGUAUUAUUUGACUUUUCAUACGAAUGUAAAUAAAUCAUAGCAGUCAUUUAUUAAAUCUCUGGAUAACUUCAAAGUUGAUUAUCAAUGGUUGAAGUCGAUAAAGCAAGAAUAAUAAUAGGAAUAUUCUUUCUCUCUGAUUGAGUUAUUGUGUGGGCUAUUGGACCCAGACUUUUAGAAUAGGAUUACUUUGAAUAAUGCUUUGGCUCAUUAGUGGUUGACCAAUUAGAGGUAGAAGUAGAAUGGAUAGAAUGAGAAGCCUAAGAUUUUGCCGUCAUUACGAACAAUUUUGGAGUUGAGAGAACAAAGUUCUUGUGAGAUCCUGUCAUCUAGACUUGGUAAGGAAGAUCAACUGCAUGUAACGAGUUCAAGUGAAGAUGAUAUUGAAGUAUGUGAUGAUGAAUACAUACAUAGAAUUUCAAAAGAAAAUAAUAAAAUACCAUAUUAUUAAAAUAUACUUAGUUUGAUUCCUUAAAAGCAUCCUUCUAGAAGUAAAUAAAUUAUAGAUUAAUGUCAAGAGAGUCAAUUUUGAUUAAAUAUCUAUAUAUAUUUGAUUAAUAAUCAUUGAAUUAUAAUAAAUAAAUUAAUUUUAAUAAAAUAUGUUAUGUGAAAUCUUGCUAUGUUGUUCGUGGCUGUGCAAUACUUUUUAUUCUUUCGAAUUUGAGUAAUCCUCCAUAUAUAAUUUUGAAAGUUGUGGUUAUUGAUAAUUGAGUUGUUAAUACUGAUAGUAUUUUUGUUGUUAUCACUCUGCAAGGCAAAAAUAAAAUAUUGCAUGUUGUUUUCUCCGAUUAUGAUCAUCUCACUCAACAUAAUAUGUAUUAACUUUCAUGUUAUAUUUAGAAAUCUUGGAGAACUUCAAUUAGUACUCCUUCAUUACAUUUGUCCUGCCAAUAGUAAUUUAUUAAUAGAACGACAAAGAGAUAUUUAUGAAGAGGUAUUUCCUGCUGAUCAAACUGCUACAUCUGCUAUUGCUGAUGCUUUAUUAUAGUUUGCAAGACAUUCAGAACGGUUAGCCGGUGAUUCAAUUCCUCAUAGUAACUCUGCUCCUUCUAGCCAAAAACUAGAAUCCAGAAAGGGAACCGAAGGCAACUCAGAACAAUACAACCAUAAUUGAGGAGACAUGCAACUUCAAGUUGCAUCUGGAACAUGACAAAAUCAAUGAUACUACAAAUGGAAUAGUGGGUGUAAUUGUAUUAAAUGAAUAGUUCGAAACAAUUUAUUAGAAUAAAAAAUCAAGUCAUUUAAUAAAGGACAAAUCAAUAAAUGACCUAAUUAUGCAAUCCCCAACACUGAUUGACAAGCAAACCAAACAAUUGUUGCAAGAAUAAUGCAAUAUCAAGUUACAAUCAAUCCAAGACUUCCGAGAUUCCAUGACAUUGACAACCUUAAAGGAAUUAUUGGACAGCAUCAAGUUAAAUCUCACUCUCCCCCACCAGUUGGACGUAUACGUUUUGCAAGGUUUUGAAGAAUUUUACUUUUAAAUCCUCAUCGUAAAGGAGAGUGAUGAUAAAACAAUUUAUAACAUGCUCUUCCAGUCAAUGUCAGACUAUACUUAUUUCAUCAAGAAGAAACAUCAGCAGACAACUAUGAAACAACUAUUCAAGAGUUUUAGUCAUGAGUUGAAUACUUCCUUGAAUUACAUUCUGGCAUUAGCUCAAGUGGCUCAAUGUCACGAGAAUGUGCCAAAGAUAGUAUCGGAAAAGUAUUUUCUACCCAUUUUGCAUUGUGGGAGAAUCAUGCAUAGUUUCAUCAGCGACAUUAUGGAUUACAAUCUAAUCUUAAGCAAGCAGUUCAACGUGGAAGUUAGUAAUUUUAACAUUCCACAAUUGAUAAGCGAAGUCGUUGAUCUCUUCAAAUACUAAAUAAAUCAGAAACAUCUUAAAAUUCAAUUCCAAAACAAUCUACUCAAUUAUGACUUAGUUAGUGAUAGAAAUAGGAUAAGGUAAAUUUUGAUUAAUUUGGUAUCCAAUGCUUAGAAAUUCACUUUUUCUGGUUAGAUCAAAAUAUAAGUGGGAGCAGUGAUUAAUAACAAAUAAUUGUGUGUCAUCUUCCAUGUAAUUGAUACAGGCAUAGGUAUGAAACAAGAAGAAAUAGAAAGAUUGCAUCAACUUUUGUCAUCAGGUAUACCACAAUCAGCCAGAAUCUCACAAAAUACAGUAGGAUUUGGAUUGGGAUUAUACAUUUCCAACAAGAUUGCUGAAGUGUUAAGUCAAACUAGAUAUGAAAAAGGGGGAGGAUUGAGAUUCGAGUCAAAGUAUUAAUAAGGAUUUCAUGCUUGGUUCAUGGCUAGAAAUCAAUCAUUCAGUCCUGUCUACUAGUAAAGUAAUCCGACACCCAUUGUUCGCAUUCGCAAGAAGAUCUAAAUAGAUACAAUGGAAUCGCAAAUCAGCAGAGUCAAUGCAUUACCAAUGAGAUAGAAGUUUUCAUAAAUUCUAGGAAUCAAAGAUGUCAAAUCAGAAAGGGGAUUAAGCAAAGAGUUAUCACUCAAAUUGUGUAAGCCUCCAUCCAAAAUAGCCAGAGAGUUGUUUCUUGCCGCUAUUACAUCUGAGAGGAAAAUUGAAUCCUUUAGUAUUAAUCAAGAAACAAAUGAUUAAGAGUUUGAAAAUAGAAUUAAGCAUUUGAAUGAGAAUUUUACUAACACUUAGAAAUGCAAUUGUCCACAAAUUCUGAUAGUUGAUGAUGAACAAAUCAACAUCAUGGCUUUGUCAAUGAUGCUGGAUCAAAUGGGCUAUGCAAGUGAUUCAGUAUUCAAUGGAGAAGAAUGCGUCAAUCUCAUCUUUAGUAAUCAAAAAAAAAGUAUAUUUAUAAUCCUAUAAUAUCUUUUAGCCAAAUGUAAUAAAUGCAGAACAUAGCAAUAUCGCAUGAUCUUCAUGGAUAUCAAUAUGCCCAUCUUAGAUGGAAUCCAAACCACAAUCAGAAUCAAAUCCAAAUAUGCUAACAUUAUAGUUAUUGCAUGCACUGCCUUCUCUGACACAGAAACUCGAAACACUUGUUAUAAAAGUGGAAUGAGUUAUCACAUUCAAAAGCCAGUCAAAAAAGAUUAACUAAUUGAAAUACUAUCUUAUUAUCUAAAUUGA